AGAAGAUAAAAGAGUGAAGCAAAAUUUUCGAACUCCAAAAUAUAUACUGUAUAUGAAUUCUGUAUCAUACAUACGAACUGAAAUGGUGCUACCAUUGUGUAUUCCCAAUCACUCUCACCUUCUCCCCCCUUUAAGCUCAUUCGAUUUCUCUCCUGCGGCACCGCAACGCCGCCGUGCACGGCCCAGAGUCACGACUGUACUAUCCGUCCUCAAAACAUCUCGACCCGUGAGUGAAGUCACAGUGGAUGAUGUUCUCCGAGGUUUCUUGAGGGAAAGAGAGUUAAAUGGGGAUGUUAUCUCGAGAAUUUCUGAUAGAAUCUGGCUGAGGAAUGUGGCUGGUUUUGAUUCUGCAGAAGCUGGAAGUUGGACAAGUGAGGCUACUCAAUCAGAGGAGGUAUCAGGGGAAGAUAAUGAAGGUGGGUUUUUGAAGUUGAAAAGUACCAAAGAGUGGCUUUCAGGUGAUGCCACGGCGCCAGUUAAUAAAAAGAGGACCUUUAAGGAAAUACAAGAUGACAGGGAAAGAACGAAAAGGCUAAACUUUCUCCAAUAUGAAGCUCUUAAGAGGGAGCUACUUUUCUUAACGGUGGGCAUUGGGACUGCUUGCAGUGGAUAUUGUUUGGUAGUUUUAUCAGUCCAGGCUGCUCUGAGCUAUGCAACAGGAGUUGUUUUCAGUUGUCUGUACUAUCAGCUCCUCUGCCAACAUGCAGACAAUCUCUCACAAGAGACAGUUCCUGAUAUUUUCACGAAAAAGAAAAUUAAGAAAAUCGGAAUACGAAGUGAAGAUCUGCAGGAUUUUUUUGAGAGAUCUGUUAAAGGCAGCAGCAUUGCUCUUUCAUCUCCCAGGCUUGUGAUUCCUGCUGCAAUAUAUGGAUUGUGGGAAUUGUCUCAGCAUUUUACCCUUGAUCUAUUUGAUUUUCAGCUGGUUCCUGCCAUGGUUGGGUUGUUUGUAUAUAAAGCAGCUUGCCUGGUGCAAGUCUAUAGAGACAAUGAAGACCUUCAAUUUCUUUUUCCUGGGAAUGAAGAAGGGUCCGGUGACUGAAUAUCUGGAAUAUGUUAAUAAUAAAUGUUACUUGUUGAUGCCAUGGCAAGGUUGUAUGCCUACCUGACUACACCUUCUGGCCUAACAGAGAGUAACCGACAAACAGCAAGCUGAAUUUUGCAGAAUAGGACAAGCUUUAUGAUGUCUUGCCUGUUAAGAAAGCAGGAUCGAAGGGAUGAAUAUUCCACUGCCAGGCUUCGAGAGUAAAAAGUUCAUUCGAAAGAUUGAUGAUAGACAUCCACAGAACAUUUUGUAGAGACAUCUCUAGUAGAGUGAUGUAUAGAAUAUAUAUAGAGCACUGUUUACAAAGUAUUUGACAUGUUCUCCAUUUCCUCUUAAGCAUCUUUGUGAGGGCUCAUGGGGAACAACUUAAAAAGUGUUGUGUUUUAGUUUGAUCCUACUUCAUGUGACUUUAGCAAGUGUUAAUAUAUUCUUGGUUGUUUCCCCUUUUAAA